ACAGUUGACCCACACGCAUUCUCGCUAUUCGCUCUCUAGAUUACAACUACUAGUAGAAACUACUACUACUACUACUACUACUACUAGACGAGGGUUCCUAUUAUUGAAAACAGGACUCCCGAUCCCUCCACAAGGGGUGUUGCCACGUUGUUCAGCACGGCUUAGAGUCGGCUCUCUUUGCCCUUAACCUAGUGAUUUUAUCGAGGAUGUAAUGGCAGUACUAAUAAGCUGCUUGGAUGGAUACUCGUGUGAUUCCACGAAAACCCGCUGUGAAAAUUCAUGAAAAUGGCAAAGAAGCGUUCGCGUACGAAUGGUAAACAAAACUAGGAAAACCUGUGUACAGAAGAAAGAUAUUAACAAAUUUCUAAAAUGUAACUUUGAAUCAGACAUAAAGAUUUAAUUGUGGUGUAAAGUCAACAUUAUAGUCGGUAACUCAGGUUAAAUUUUCUGCUGUUUAAUAGUUAAGGAAAAUAAAGAUUUUAAUACAUUAGGACAUUAAAUAAUGGAAACAACAAAAAUUAAUAAAGUAUCAAGAAAUACGUGUAAUCUGCUACAUAAAAAAAUUAAUAUUAGAUCUUUUAAGCAUGAUGUAAAUUCUUAUCAAGAGGUAUUCAUUUGUACCCUUUUAAAAGAAGUAUUUAAUCACAAAUUGUGAUAAGCAGUAAAAAGAUCAAUAUAGGGAUAUAAGAUACAUGUUGGAGUUAUAUGGAAUAAUUGUAUAAAACCUUAUGGUCUUCAAAUAAAAUACAGUUAUAUGAUUCAUAUAUAAAACUGGAAAAAUGUAUUCAAAUAACAUCACAAACAGAAGAUUAUAUCAUAGAGGACAAAUUGAUGUAAUAGACAUGCCAGUACAAUUCACAUGUAAUUAUAAAUAUUUUUUUGUUUAUGAAGAUCAGAUAUCUAAAUUUGUAGUAUUAAAAGGCUUACGUGAAAAUACAGCAAAUGAAGUAGCUAUAAAGCUCUUGGAUAUACUAACUAUUAUUGGAGCACCACAAGUUUUACAAAGUAGAAAUGGACGUAAUUUUGCAGAGCAAGUUGUAAAAGAAUUGCGUUUAUUGUGGAAGGAUUUUAUAAUACUUCAUGGAGAAAUUUUAGAGAAUAAAGAAAACAGCAGAAAUUUUAAGGAUUUACUUGAAGAUUGGGUACGGGAUAACCCAACAAAGACAUGGUAUGAAGCUUUAAAACAUGUACAGAUUAUGCAGAAUUCGACGUUUCAUUGUGAAAGCGGAAAAAUUCCUUACGAAAUAUUAUUUGGACGAAAUGUUCACGUAGAAUUUCAAAAGCAAACUAGUACUGUAGAUUCAAAAGAAAAUAUAUGGGCAGAAGAAGAAUGGUUUAAUACGAAAGAUGACGGUAAGAAGGAUGGAAAUGAAAACUUAACUGAGGAUUCAAGCAUGAGGGAUGCAGAUAGUUCAAGGGAUUUUGACAAUGACUCCUACAGUGAUGUUAAAGAUGAUCCUCAAAGAGACACUCCUGGUUUUAAUUUUGUUAAUGUUAGAAGUGAAUCCUUAAAUAUGCAUACUGAAGAUUCAACAUUUGAGGAUGAAUCAGUGGCAGAAGAUAAAAUAAAGAUAGAAACUCAAGAUUUAAAAUGUACAGUUUGUCAUAAACAGUAUAUGAAGCCUGGUCAUUUAAAAAAUCAUAUGAAAACACACAUAAAGAGAAGAAAGUUGGAAUGCAAACUCUGUAACAAAAAAUUUCAUGUUUUAAAUUUAUAUGAAAAGCAUGUAAGGCAAUCUCAUAAACUCAAAUUAUUCAAUUUGAGUAGAACCAGAAGGAGUAAGGAUUUACAAGACGAUUCGAUGUUAGAUGCAAAAGCGCCUGAAUCAAAGUGUUUUUCGGAUGGAACUUUGAGCGAUACAGAAUCCAAUGUAACUGAUAAAUCUCCGAAAACAACAAAAGAAAGGAAAAAGUCCCUAGAGAAUAGGCCAUUAAAAAUGAACGGAGACCCAGGUCUGAAAUGUACAUAUUGCAAUCAAAAAUUUAAUUUUCCUAGUGUACUGAAAAGACACAUGCGAUCUCACACAAACGAAAGACCGUAUAUAUGUGAAAUUUGUAAUAAAAGUUUUAAACAAUUGGGUCACCUUAGUCAGCAUACAUUAACGCACAAGGAUUAUCGUUCUUUCCACUGUACAGUUUGCGGGGUACAAUUCGAGACGUUGAGCUCGUUAAAAGUCCACACUCAAACACACAAGGAAGACUAUGUUUCAAAAACUAAAGAGCAUUUUCGUUUAUUCGAAUGCGAUAAUUGUAAGAAAGUGUUCACUACUAAAAGUGUUUUGGAGAGGCACAUACUUACCCAUUCCCAAGAACGUCAAUUUGCCUGUGUAGUUUGUGGAAAAAGAUUCAAACAGGCAGGACACGUGAAGUCUCAUAUGUUGGUGCAUACAGGUGAACGAAAGUUUGAAUGCACUGUAUGCAAAAAGAGAUUCAGUCUUUCGAAUUCUCUUAAGAAACAUAUGUACGUACAUAAUGGGGAGAAGCCAUAUCAGUGCGACGUGUGCGGUGCACGGUUCCUCGAGAAGAGAAAUCUAAAUGGGCAUCUAAUGACUCACACGAACGAGCGUCCGUUUCGCUGUAAAAUUUGUGGAAAACGGUAUACUUUGGCGGAUACUCUGCGUCGCCAUAUAAGCGCAGCUCAUGAAGAUGGCCGCACGUAUCAGUGUGAAAUUUGUGCAAAAAUGUUUAAGCAACUUGCUCAUUUAUCUGUUCACAAAAAGGUUCACAAUGAUGAGCGACCAUUCCAGUGUCAUUUGUGCGAGAAAAACUUCAAGCAUAAAAAUGUGCUUAAAUCUCACUUGGCCAUACAUGCUAAUGUCAGGCCAUUUGAAUGUGAUGUGUGUAAGGCUACGUUUGUAAGAAAGACGAAUUUACAAACGCAUAUCGCAUCAGCUCAUAUGAACGAGAGACCGUAUGUUUGUAAUAUAUGCGAAAAACGAUUCAAACAAAUUAGUCAUUUAAAUGGUCACAUUGUAGUACACAGUAAUUUAAUGCCUUAUCAAUGUGAUUUCUGUGAUCGGCGAUGUAAUAGAUUGGAUAAUUUGAAAAAGCAUAUGCGUCUUCAUACGAAGAACAAAGAACAAAUAGUAUAAGAGUAUUAUUCGAUACAAAACAUUGCAAAUUGUUUCAAUGUGAAACUGAAAGUGUAUACAGUAAUGCUCGGUUGAAUUUCACAUCAGCAGGAUAGCGUUUGUAUUCAGCUGGGUAAAGACGAGCACGCCGUGGCAAGGAACGAACGUAUUUGUGCGAAUAUUCAUUCGUUUGGACGGUAGCGCGAAUAUGUCACAUGGCACUACUGUAAUGCCGCGCAACGAACCAAUUUCUGUCGGUCUUUUGCGCGAACACGAAGGGGUUCCUUGCCGCAGUGUGGACGGUUUUCUUCGGGUUUGCCGUGUUCGAACCCAAGUACUGAAAACAUUGAACCGAUGGCGAAUGCGCGUUGAAAUUCAUGGUUCGUUCCAUGCGCGGCGCGUGUUCGUGGUAAAAACGAAACACCGCGCACAGUUUGUAAUGCCGCGUUGCAGCCGCGGCGCGCUCGUCUGAAAAAUUUAAUUUACGUUCGCAUGAAACUUGUAGUAUAUUAUUUGUAACCAUGCAUGUACUUCUAUGUAGCUAGUAUACAUAUACUUGUAGGUUUUACAUAUUUUUUUAUCUUGAACAGAAUCUCAUACCACUUAUAAAAGUUUUAUUCUUUUGAAAAAGUAUAAAAUAACAAACGAAGAUUGAUGUAAAAGAAAAUUUCACUGGAAUGUAGCUACAAAUUUUAAUAUACUUUUUAAUAUACUUUGUGUUACUAAUUAUAAACUUUACAGCGGUCUAAACAUAAUUAGGAUUAAGAUGCAUAAUUAUACUGUAUAAAUAUAGAAAUUUUUAACUGAAAUCAAACCCUUUAGUUAUACAUGUACUUGUGUAUUUAAAAGUUUUAUUCUUUUGAAAAAAUAUAAAGUAACAAACGAAGAUUGGAGUAAAAGAAAAUUUCACUGGAAUGUAGCUACAAGUUUUAAUAUACUUUGUGUUACUAAUUAUAAACUUUAUAGCAGUCUAAACAUAAUUAGGAUUAAAAUGUAUAAUUAUAUUGUAUAAACAUAGAAGAGAAAUUUUUAACUGAAAUCAAACCCUUAAGUUAUACAUGUAAGUA